AUGGGGCGUCGGGCGGACGACAUGAGGGCUACGUACGUAGAGCCGGGAGCCCAGCAUACCGUCGUGGUGCUGGGCCACGGAUUCGGAUGUGAUUCCACGUGCUGGCACAAUCUGAGGCCCUUGCUCUCCAGGAGGGGCUAUGGCGUCCUCACGUACGAUCUGCCAUGCGCUCGCACAUCCCCGCAAGGCGCAUUCGAUGAAUCUCCCAACCGCAGAAACGUAGUCCGGGCGGCGUUCGAGAGGUUCAUUGCUUCCCAGAAAGGCAAACAGUCGGCGUCGCGCUUCGUCGAGAGCUUCGAUUUCGAACGGUACUCCACGUUGGACUCGUACGCGCACGACCUGGUCGCCCUCCUCACCGAGAUGGGACUCCGGAGUUGCAUCUUCGUCGGGCACUCCGCCUCGGGCAUGAUAGGGCUCUUGGCCAGCACGAUGCGACCCGAGCUCUUUCGCAAGGUCAUAAUGCUCGCGUCGUCGCCCCGCUACAUGAACGACCCCGCUUCCGACUACGUGGGCGGCUUCGAACGGGAGCAGCUCACGGAACUCUUCGAGAACGUCGAACAUAAUUACGAGGGCUGGGUCUCCGGCUUCGCCCCCAUGGCGAUCGAAGAACCCAACGACGCCGCCGUCAAGCAAUUCACAGCGGGUCUCCUCGCCGUGCGGCCGGAUGUAGCUCUCGCGAUGUGCAAGACCAUAUUCCUCAUGGACCUACGCCACAUCCUUCCGCGAGUCAGCGUCAACUGCGUGAUCCUGCAGAGCAGAUCGGACGUGGCCGUGCCGGUCUCCGUGGGCGCAUACAUGGCCGACGCCAUCAGGGGCGCCGAGAAGGACAUACUCCCCACGGCCGGGCACCUGCCGCACCUCAGUUCGCCCUUGCUCGGCGACGAUGACGACGACUUUGCGCAACACAUCGGAAAGCUGAGCGUCCGAACGAGCGACUCGUACAAGUGCUAUGCCGUCGAACGGGCGCACAUCCUCCGCUCGGCCUGUUCACACCUGCACAGCAUCUUGGACUCCAAGACUUUCUCCGAUUCCAUCUUGCAGCGCUUGGACCUCCUUUCCGUCAUCCUGUGCGCCACAGUGGAGCGCCACGAGAAAGACUGGAGCGACGCCGAGAGCUUGAGGCUCAGCUCGCGCAAUACCGUAGACGAGUUGAUGUCCUCCGGGCUCAGCAUGGAAGAGAUCCACGGGGACGAGAAGCUCGAGGAGGAGCUGAGGACGCUGCGCGGAUUCGCGGCCGGCAAGUUCGAGUCGGAAUCGGUUUGGAAGGUGAUGGCUGCCGUCCUUCGCGCUUACCUAGACUCCGCGAGGGCGUUCGCUUACCACAUGUACCUCGAGCAGAUCCUCUCGACCGACCUCCGCCAUCAGGAGAUCGGACGACGUCUGGCGGCUCGCUUCAAGCUCACGGACUACGAGGUCCUCAGGGAGGACUUGGAGAUCAUCAUGCACCACUGUAAGACGUUGACGUACCUAGACCUCUCGUGCCUUCCGGUAGGUCUGAAUACCGCUCGCUGGCGGGAGAUAGUUCGCGACAUCCUGCACGGGCUGUCGGGAAGCAUCUACCUCGGAAACGGAGUGGUUUUUCAGGUCUCCAGCGGAGAGGCCUCCACCGCGACCGCAGCGACGAGGACGGAGGAGACGGGCGUGGCGAAGCACACGUUCGAGCUGGUCUUUCACGUGGACGGUCCGAACGAGAUGCGUAUCAGGAGAGACGCAUGUCCGGCGAUCACAGAUCUCUUUCGCUCGCACGCUCAUGCCGUGGACUGCGGAGACUGGUAUGCGAACGAGACGCGCAUCAAGCAGCGGAUCCGGGCGGACGUGAGGAAACACUCGAGAGGCUGCCGCGACAUCGUCGUAUCCGUCGGCGGCAAGGAAAAGGACAUCAUCAUACUGUUCAUGGUGCAAUUUCGAGAAGAGGACACGGGGUACAUCAUCGAAUACGGCUUUCAAGACCCGCUAGGACAGAGGAGAAACGUAGUUCGCUGGCCGAGUAGGUCCUUUCUAGAUCUGUGGCUCGGAACACUCAUUGCCUAA